UAAAGGCACAACUUCGCAGUGUUGACACAUCAGGAGCUGCUGCACAGAUUUGUGCUUUUUCUGUGAUGACCGCACAAAGUAGAGAGACGACUCUUACAUAGCACCCACGUAGAUUGUGUGCUAUUAUUUUAUUUUAUUAUUUUUUAUUUUUUUAAAUUCAUUUGCCGUCGCAAUGCACGGGCUCGCCUGCCUCCCCGCCGCUCUGCUCCUCUUGCUCCUGUCCUGCUGCGGUCCUGCCCGGGCGUAUUUUGCGGAGGAGCGCUGGAGCCCCGAGUCUCCGCUCCUCGCUCCCCGGGUUCUCCUCGCCCUCGUCUGCAGGAACUCCGAGCACUCUUUGCCGUAUUUCCUCGGUACUAUUGAGCGCCUCAAUUAUCCCAAGGAUCGUAUGGCCCUGUGGGUAGCAACUGACCAUAACAAGGACAACACCACGUCCAUUCUGCGUGACUGGCUUGUCAAGGUGCAGAGCCUUUACCAUUAUGUGGAGUGGAGGCCGAAAGAGGAACCCAGCCAUUAUCGGGAUGAAGAUGGUCCAAAGCAGUGGACGGACCUCCGUUAUGAGCAUGUGAUGAAACUUCGGCAAGUAGCACUGGAGUCAGCUCGUGAGAUGUGGGCGGACUACUUUAUGUUGGUGGACUGUGAUAACCUCCUCACCAAUCCCGAUGUGGUCUGGAAGCUCAUGAAAGAGAAUAAGACCAUCAUUGCUCCGAUGCUUGAAUCCCGUGCAGCCUAUUCAAACUUCUGGUGUGGAAUGACCUCCCAGGGUUACUAUAAGCGCACCCCUGCCUACAUACCCAUAAGGAAGCAGGUGCGGAAGGGCUGUUUUGCAGUUCCCAUGGUCCACUCCACCUUCCUCAUAGAUCUCAGGAAAGAGGCUUCCAGGCAGCUAGCCUUUCACCCUCCACACCCAGAAUACAGCUGGGCUUUUGAUGACAUCAUUGUGUUUGCCUACUCUGCUCGGAUGGCAGAUGUCCAAAUGUUUUUAUGUAAUAAAGAGACCUAUGGUUACUUCCCUGUGCCACUGCGAUCCCACAAUACUUUGCAAGACGAAGCUGACAGCUUCUUGCACUCCCUGCUGGAGGUUAAUGUGCGAAAUCCCCCAGUGAUGCCUUCCAAAUACGUACCUGUUCCUAGAAAACAACCUGACAAAAUGGGCUUCGAUGAGGUGUUUAUGAUAAACCUGCAGAGGCGGACUGACCGCCGAGAACGUAUGCUGAGGGCAUUACACGAACAGGAGAUUAAAUGUAAGGUCAUUCCAGCUGUAGAUGGAAAAGCAAUGAAUAUCAGUGAAGUUCAUACUAUGGGCAUCCACAUGCUCCCUGGCUACAGUGACCCCUAUCAUGGUCGCCCACUGACAAAGGGAGAGCUAGGAUGCUUCCUUUCCCACUUUAACAUCUGGAAAGAGAUUGUGGAGCGACGCCUGCACACCUCCCUGGUGAUUGAAGAUGACCUGCGCUUUGAGGUCUUCUUCAAACGUCGCUUGAUGAACUUGAUGAGCGAGCUGGAGCAUGAAGGACUGGACUGGGAUCUCAUUUAUAUUGGUCGGAAGAGAAUGCAAGUGGAUCACCCAGAGAAAGCAGUGCCUAAUAUACACAACUUAGUGAAAGCAGACUAUUCAUAUUGGACACUGGGUUAUAUGAUAUCAUUACAAGGUGCAGAGAAGCUGUUGAAAGCAGAACCACUAAAGAGGAUUUUGCCAGUGGACGAGUUUCUUCCGAUCAUGUACAAUAAACACCCUGUGUCUGAUUAUAUGGAACAGUUUGAAACCAGGGACCUGAAGGCAUUUUCAGCUGAGCCUCUUCUAGUGUAUCCAACACACUACACAGGCGACAAAGGUUACAUCAGCGACACUGAGACCUCCACAGUGUGGGACAAUGACAAGGUCCGUACAGACUGGGACAGAGCACGCUCAGGAAAAACCCAUGAGCAAGCUGAGAUCAGUUCUGAGGCCCAGAACUCAGAUGUCCUCCAGUCGCCUUUGGACAGUACAGCACGGGAUGAGCUAUGAGAGGAACUGAAUGAGACCCUUGGAUUUAGAGCACAAACCCCCUUUAUUCUCUAAUCAUGUUUCAUCUUUGAUACUUUUGAUUUUGCAUCUCAUCGGGGAUGUAACAUCAGAGUUUGUAGAAAGAUUUAAUUUAUCCAGAUGUGACAAGUUAAAAAGGGAUCAGGUGUGUCUCAUGUUUGCUGUCGUGUUGUCAGUUUGUAGUUUUUUCUUUAUAAAGGCACUAGACUUGCCAUUUGGAAUGGCAUUUGCAGUACCCAACUUCUGUCUGUCAUACAGAAAUCAAUCUAUACAUUAGCAAACAAUGCAACAGUUGUCAGGCAGUUAAAUUUGUUCUAAUUUGACAUUACACUGUGAAAUGCUUCUUUUAUAAAUUUCUCAAGGCUACAAAUAAAUUGGGACGUAAUCACACUGUAUGUCACUGAGGAAAAUCAAGACUUUUGCAGACAUUCAUGCCUUAAAUCAACCGGUAAUACUUCUAAAUUCAUUGGUCUCUAUUGUGGAAAAUCCAAGAGGAGACAUUUGCAUGUCUUUUGCCUUGAUCUUCAGUAUUUUCUCUUUUUAAACUUCUUAUUGCUGAGUUUUGAAUAAUCAUUAGCCAACACUUAAGAUGCUUGCAGUAGAGCUUCACUAAAGCAACAAAUCACACAAGCAACAGUAGCAGUCGACUCAGAAUUAUAUAUUCACAGUGCUACUGUGGAGUAUAUAUGUGUCCCUUGUCGCCACUUUUGGAUUUUUCCCAGACUAAUGCCGCCAGCCAGCUGUUGACAUCGUUAUAAAUGGGACAGACCAGUUUACACACCUCAAAUUUGGUGGUUUUGGGAGUAACAUGGUUGUAAAUGCCUUUUAAGUUCCCUCAGAAAGCACCCACCCAACCGCAUCCAAACACACAUCAGUCCCUCUAAAUCCUUCUCAGUUAAAUCUUAAUUUGAGCGUUUUGGGUGAGCAAGAGUUGAUAACACAUCCCUGAUGUAGAGUUUUCAUCAUCUUGCUUUUUGCAAAUUAUUUAUUCUUUUGCCUCACAUUGCUACACUAAAUCUUCCAGGAAGUUGAUUUUUAUGUUAAUGGAAGCCGUCCACCCAUGGAUCUUGCACAAAAUGUUAGGGGUGCAUUGUGCCAAGAAGAAAUAAAAUGUUUUAUUUUUAAAAAAAAAA